CAUGUUUUAGGACCUUGUGUGAAGAAUUAAUAUGGGUGAACUUGGUGAGAGGAACAGCUUGGUAGAUCAGAUAUUCCAACAGUAUGAUGCAGAUUUGAAGGGUGAACUAACUGCCGUCCAAGCACAGAGCAUACAUGCUGACAUGAGGAUUGGGGGAAUAAGUUUUCAGCAGGUUGAGGCUUCUAUUGACUACACGUGUCUUGGAGAUACUGUUGAGAAGAGUGAAUUAUUUGAGCUUCUUCAGGAGAUGGAUCGGCGCUAUUUCUUAGUGCAAGAUUUCCGCUGGGAGUUCUCUAUGCUUGACAGAGAGAUGAAAGACACAAUCACUGAAGACCAAGCCAGGUGGUUCUUGCAAGCUGUCCAUGGUGACUUUU